GUCAGACAACCACAAAUCGUUCAACUGAGUAUUCUAUGUGACAACUCUAAAACUCCUCUCGCUGUUCAACUUGAACCAAUAGUCAACAUUAAAUCGCCUUAUCCUUCUGCUACAAUUUUCCGGCUAUCCGCGGGCCCCAUUCGCCUUUCUCCAAUGGAGUUCGUACGUGUCACAGUCAAAGCAGUUACUGAAUCCUCGUCUAAACCUGCAAUAUUAAUUGCCAAGCCGACUUUGUUCAGAUAUCCCCAGAUCGCUCGUGCCAUCGAAACGUUCUACAUUAAAGGCGAGCCUCGAAACUUCGAAUCGAAACUUAUCUCCAACUUUUUGGAAUUAAACUUCGAUGGAGAGACCGGUUUUGCACAGAAUCUACACAACAAAAUAACGCGUGAAACCCACAAGUUGGAGAUAGGGUUCCACUAUAUGAACCCGAGUCCGAAACCAGGAGCUGCUGGAGCCUAUAUUGGUUGUUCAUUCGUCUCUAAUGAGCCGCUUUCCAAGGAUCCCGUUGAAUUGCGUGUCCUUCGUGGUGCCUUAAGUGACGAGGUUACGAGCUACUAUCCUCGAGUAAAACAUACACUCAGAUUUAAUAAACUAGAUUCCGCUGGUCGCAUGGCUCUGGAAGUUGAAAAUGUCGUCAACCUCACAAAUGCUAAUGCUAUGGAGGUCGUUAUGACAAUUAAGACGGGCAUCAAUAACCAUAACGGCACCUUUUUCACAGACUCGAACUGUUUCCAGAUGAUUGAGCGCAGAUACCGUACCAAAAUCCGUCAAUGGGGGAAUGUCUACCCAAUGAGCUGUGCAGCCUUCAUUGAGGAUGAGACCCAUCGAGUGACCUUGCUCUCUGGCCAACCACUUGGCUUCAUGGCUGGUGAGAAACCAGGUGAAAUGAAGGUCUGGCUAGAUCGUAGAACCCACAUUGAUGACCAACGUGGUCUCUUUGAAUCCAUGACAGAUAAUCAACCCACUCGUUCCCUCUUCCGAAUUCUUAUUGAACGCGUCUCCAAGCCUGCCAAAGCCAGUGUAGUUGUGCCUUCUUUGACUGCCGAUGCUCACUUUGUACUGGAUGACAUACUCUUCCCAUCGGCACAAUUUUUGGUCAAUACUGAUUCGUCCAAAUUGAAGUCAACUUUAUCGUUAAUGACUGGUACAGGACUCCCUUGUGACUACGAUUUGGUGACAAUGAAAACUUUCUUCAGCAAAUCAGAACGAUUUAAUGGAUUGGACAGCGUUACUGGAAGUCAAUUGGGCAUGGUUCUACGUCAUAAGGUAAACGGUUGUGGCUCCACCGGACUCUGCGGUGAUAUAUGCGCUUGCCAAAGCCCCACAGUAUCUCCGAUGCAUUUAUUGGCCUCAGCUCUCAAUCCGCAUAAGUCACAGAGCCUAUUUGGAGAUCGAACCCCGUAUCCAACAUUGAGUGGUCACAACUGCAAGUCAACUCGCGUUCCAAAGUAA